GCGGACUGUGGGCAGAGUAGCUGCUGGACGCGAGCGCGACCGGACGCCCAUCUUCUCCUUCCUCUCCCGAGGGGCCGACUUCGGAAAGUUGAAACUCGUUACCUGCUGCCUGAAAUUGACCUUCAGAGGAGUUUCUGGAGAGAGAAACAGUGGGAUCUAAUCAAGCGAAAUAGACUCAGGCAAAGUGUGUUUCACCCAUGGAAACGUAUUUAUUAUGGCACAGCACGUAGAACAAGUGUUUCCUAUGCAGCGAUUCAAGUACAUCAACAAAUACACUGAUGUUUUCAAUAAACGGGAAUAAUUUAAUCACUAAGACGUUACAGAUUUUUUGUAUGAAACCAGAAAUGAGUGGAAUGCUGUCUUAAGUCAAAAAUCUGUUACAACCUUUAUAAAUACUACUUAAAUGAAGAAAGAUAAAAAAAAAACCCACAGAAUUCCAACUGAUAAUUACCCCAUUCAGACACUGGUGAAUAUGUCCCUCAGUCCAAGCCGACCUUCCUCCUCAGAGUUGGUGGAACUUCAUGUUUUCUAUGUCCCUGAAGGAUCAUGGAACUAUAAGCUAAAUACCAUUUCAAUAGAAGUUGUUAACAAAUUCAUUUCAGCUGGAUUUAUAAGAGUAUCUCCUCACCUUACUUUACAAGCGCUGAGAGAGCGACUUGGUGAGUUCCUUGGUGAAGAUGCUGUUGCAGAAAAAUUUUUAUUUCUGAAAUGCAUUGGAAAUAAUCUAGCUGUGGUGAAGGUAAAGCAAGAAUCAGAACUGAAACUCAAAUCAUUUGCUCCUCCAUAUGCUCUUCAACCAGAAUUAUAUUUGCUUCCUAUAAUGGAUCAUUUAGGAAAUAUUUAUUCAGCAUCAACUGUUUCUUUAGAUGGGCAGCAGACUAAUAAUGGUGUUGCUGAGGCUGAUGGAAUAAUCCACAGACCACUUAGUGUAACUUUGUUGAACGAAGAACCUGGAACAGAUCCCAGUUUUUUAGUAAACACUUUGAAAGAGCUUCUUAACAAAAAUCAGGAAGAAGCACCAUCAGCUGGGGGAAAAGCCACUCCAAAAGAAAACCAGACUGGAAAAAAUCACAUUGGAAAUUCUGAAGUUCCAGGAUCAUUGGGAGAAUCAAAUAGUGAUUAUUUUAGCAACAAAAAAAGUCAAUUUCUUUGGAAAAAUGAAGAUGAUGGAGUUAAUAUCAUUAGAAGAGAGGACAAUCAGAUAGGUAAAAAAGAAUGCAUCACCCUACCAGAUCUUAUUGAUUUUCCUUCACUUCCUUGUCAGCCUGCUCUUUCUCCCAGAAUAACUGAUACCUCUUUAUUACACAUUGAAAGAGAGAAGAUUAUUGAACAAAUGAAACAAGUAAAGGAAGAAAGGCAAUAUCUGGAAAGAAUUAGAGAAGAACUAAUAAAAAAAGUUGAAAAGCUAUUUGAACAAAGAAAAUUGAAGCGAUAUCAUGCCUGUGAUGGUUGGAAGAAAAAAUACUUUGAAACAAAGAAAAUUACAGCAUCAUUAGAGGAGGUUUUAACAAAACUUCAAGAAGAUUUGGAACUUUACUAUAAAAAACUGCUCAUGCAACUUGAAGCCAGGGAGAUCAAGAUGAGACCAAAGAAUCUGGCAAACAUCACAGACUCUAAGAAUUACCUUAUAAUCCAGAUCACUGAAGUACAGCAUGAAAUUGACCAACUUAAGAGAAAACUGGAUACUGACAAAAUGAAACUCAUAAUAGAAGUUAAGAUGAGAAAACAAGCGGUUUCAGAUUUACGCACAUUGAAAGCUGAACUGGCACAGAAGAAAAUUAACACAUCUUUACAAUCCCAAUUCCUGGAAAUGUACUUAGGAGCUCAGCAGAUGAUUUUGUUUAUGACGAAUCGGCCAAAUCAAAAGGGAGCAUUGGCUGCUGCAAUACAUUCUGACAAGGCCUGACUUUGUUCAUCAUAAGACAUCACAAAGAGAAAGUCACAAGCAUCUGCAAUUCCAGCAUAAUUAUAGCACCUGUCUUUGCACUUUGGAGACCAAGUUACAUCAAAGGUUACCUGCGGAAAAACACAUGCCUUUUUAUGUAACAUGAUCAAAUAUGAUUAUGUCCGUUGUUUUUUUGAUUAUAUUUUCUUGCCUCAUACUAUCCAAGAAAAAAGACCUGUUUACGUAUAUGAACAUAGGGUUUGACACUUACAGAAAUAGAACAGUUCUAAGAUGAUUGAGCUAGAUAUAUAUUUGGACAGGAGCAGGACGCUGUGUAGAAAAGGAGUUUUAAACAUAGGUGUAAUGACAGUAGGGUGUAGUGGGGCCUCCAAGCAACUAGACAGUAAAGAAAGCACACUAAAAGAAUUCAAAUACCGUGUUUUUUUAAAAUAUCGUGCAGGCUAAAUAGGUCAUCUCUUGGCACAGGUUGACUCUCCUGUGUCAGGAGUUUAACCCCCUGAUACACAAUUACAUUACAUGAUAGGUUUAAUCCAACAUUACAGUUAAAGAAUAGUGGUUUAGGGCUAUAGGGAUAAAUCAACUCAAAAUGUUGAACAAAUCACUUAAAUGGUCUUAUUUUAUGGGACUAGUCAAAUAAAACUUGAGUGAUGAAUUUUGGUGAGCCAGUCUUCCACAAGGGUGAGUCUAUUUAAAAUAUUUAUUGCCUUAGCCAAAUGUUAGCCUUAUUUUAUAUACGUGCAAGUGUUCUAAAGUGUCAGUAAAGGCUUUUUUCUCUCAUUAAACACAUUACAAAAAUUGAGAUAGUUCAGUUAAAAUUUUUAUAUUUUGGCCAAUUUAUCCUAUUAUAACUUUUUAGGACUUUGUCAAAAUUUCAUAAUUGUCUAAGUAUUAGCACUGAAGGAAGCUCAGCUUCACAGGUACAAGCUUUCCUCAGCACUACAGCAAAAUAGGUUAUAAAGUGAAUUUUUUUUUUACACAUCCGAUCCCAUUUUAUCACUGCCUAUUAUAAAAUAGGAGCUGUAUUCUAGUAAUAGAGAAACUUAAUGAUCACCUCUAAACAGGUAAAUUUCAAAUCCAUUGUAUAAGUCCUUACCCUCUGCUGAGCAUUGAGUAUUUUUACCUGGAUUUUCUGUCAUAGUUCAUCUCCAGCAUUAGUAUAUUAGACAAACCAAAAUGAUUUUGGUUUUACUCUUGGCUCUAUUAUAACUGGGUCUAUGUCCUUAAAACAUCUGAAUCUGUUUUCCUACCUGUAAAAAAUGAUGGUGUAGAAAGAACUCAGGAGGAUUUCUAACUCUUUAAUUCAAUGACCAUAAUUCUGUAAUCUUAAUCAUCUUUUCCCCAAAAGUCAUUUCUCCUUCCGACUCUAUUUAGUCAUUUUUUUCUGGUGGCCAGUUUAAGAACUUUUGGGUCAUUAUUUGACUUCUCUCACACCCCAAAACUAAUCUCACAUUUUCCUUUCUGUGGCUUCUCACAGCUGUUCUGCCUCUUUCUUUUCAUUAAUUAAUAUUUAUUAAACACUUCUUGGUGUUAAGGUUAUGCCAUCAUCCUAAUCCAAACUAUAAAUCUCAAAUUAGUAGACUUGGAUUAGUCAGUACUGGUCUCCAUUUCUCCUCUAAACUACUAAAUACAUACUACUAUGGAAUAACCUCCCCCACUUUGUACCAUGUAAACUCAUUACAUACAGAAUAAAAUGCAUGUACUUCAAUCUGA